GUUAAAAAUUAAAUGGUUUGUUUUGGUUUACCGAAGAAACUUCUCUAAAUUCUUUUUUUCACAAAAAAUAGGAAAAGUCUAAAGUUAAAUCAUGAUUCUAAAGUAAAAUAAAACUUCCGGACGUCUUAGGAACCUUCCAACAUGCAGAUUUCAACAAUUUAUCUGCUCCAGCUCUCAACAUUCCUCUUUGGACUUGCAAUCUUCCUCCAUGGAUUCUUUCCACUUUCAUUCUCAUCAACAGAUAAGGCAGAUUUUCAGGAUUUCCCCCGGAACAUUGAUGAAGUUCAGUUGGACAGGAGUCAGUACAGGGAGAGAUUUUCCCGAACGGUGAUAAUGCUGAUUGAUGCCCUACGGAUGGAUUUUGUUCAGCAGAAAGAGAAUAUGCCGCAUAUGACAAAGCUCCUGGCGAAUCAGGAAGCCUGCUUACUGAAGCUGAACGUUCAACCACCUACUGUGACAAUGCCACGGAUAAAAGCUCUAACUUCCGGAACAAUUCCCAGUUUCCUUGAUGUCAUUCUCAAUUUGGGCAGUUCAGAGGUGAAGACGGAUACAUUUCUACAACAAAUUGAGGCUUCUGGUGGGAAAUUAGUCUUCUACGGGGAUAGCACAUGGACCAGGAUGUUCCCGCGUUUCUUUGUGCGAAAAGGAGAAAAUCAGGAUCCACUCUUUGUGAAUGAUUUCUACGAAGGAGACCGGAAUAUCACAAAGCACCUUUCUAGUGAGCUUAAGCAUCCCGAUUGGAGGAUGAUGGUACUCCACUACCUUGGAUUGGAUCACAUUGGGCACGCUGAGGGUCCAUUUAGUCCAAAAGUUCCGGGAAAGCUUCGGGAAAUGGAUGAAGUUUUCUCAAAGAUUGUCUUCGAGAUGACGCGCUGGAAUGCUCAUUCUUACCUCCCAAGUCUCUUCAUUGUCACGGGGGAUCAUGGGAUGAGGGACACAGGAGGGCAUGGUGGUAGUUCAGCCCCCGAAAUCACGGUUCCACUCCUUAUCAUUGGAACAAAUUGCUCAUCAUCCAACACGAUGUACAAUCAAAUUGAUUUUGCUGCCACUCUCUCUGUCUUGCUGGGACUCCCAAUUCCCGCAUCAAGUAUUGGAAAUCUCAUCCCAGAAAUGCUGAAAGACUUGACGGAAGAUGAGCAACUUUUUGCCUUAGCCUACAAUGGGGAGAGAUUGCUGCAGAAGCUUCGUUUUGAGCAUGAAGGGGAUUUCGAUCAAGAAGAAUUCUUCCUGCAGCACAUGGAGGCCCGAGAGUUGCACAAGAAGUACGUGAAGACGAAGCAAAUUGACGAGGUGGUCAAUCCGUCCAUCUUCAAGCGCUCAAACCUCUUCUAUUUAUCAUCUGCACAAGAAAUGUCCAACCUCCUGGCGAGGAGUUUUGUAAAAUACGAUCACUGGAGCAUCUCCUUGGGGCUCUUUGUCUGCUUCUUGAUCCUGACAGCGAGCUUAGUUCUCUUCCUGGUUAAUAGAAAUGAUGAUCUGUGCAUUGGUUGGACUUCCUACAGCAUUGUUUCCAUCCUCAUUGGAACGCUCUGCUUGAAGCAUUUGCCAAAGAAAUUCUUCAACAUUGACUCAUCUCUCUUCUCUUCGGGAUUCAUGGGAAACACCAUAAUUCUCACCACGAUUGUCAUCACGAGGAUCAAUGUGGAGAUUAUAAGAAUAGCUGUGCAAGAAAGACAAACAUCGUUGAUGCCAAAGAUGCACAAAAUCCCAAUUUUUGCAAUCUUCUGCACAGUUUUUCAUGCAAUUUCAUACAGCAGUAGCUCCUUCAUUGAGGAAGAGCAUCAGCUGUGGUACUAUUUUGGAGGAAGUCUCUUUGUUUUACUCCUUGGAUGUGAAUUGAGGAGAUUCCGCAAUAUUUCCGUGGAUCUAUUGAUUUCACAGGGCAGGAGAACAAGAAGGGAAGAUUUGAAGGAACUUGAAGAGCUAAAUGGGGUUGUUUUGCGAUAUCUUGCUCUCCUUGCUGGUCACAUCUUCCUCCGAAGGCUCAAUCAAACAGGCGACAAGUGGCUAAGUAUUCCAGAUAUUGGAGAUUGGUUUGUUCAGGAGGAGCAUAAGACGAUGCUGAGUUGGUUCUUUAUUCUCACCCUGCUCCUCAUGCUGGGUGUUUGUGCCCAAUUCACGGGUGUCCUCACAAGCGUCCUCACCUUCACGGCAAUCCUUCUAAUCUACUACUAUCGUGCCACAACUGGACAAGUUUAUCUCUUCAACAUUUCACGAAGUGACUCAACUGUCUCCCUGAUCCUCUUCUGGGUGAAUUUGAUGGAAAUUGUGGCCAUAAAUUACCUCCCGAUCCUCUACAGGAGAUUCUUCCUGAAGAAAAUUCUCCAGAAGGAUGGAAAUUUGUGGAUUGGAGCAACUAUCACGGUUUUCAGUUUGAUCUCAUGCCUCCUACACAAACCACACAAUGCCAUUCUCAAUGUUGCCUGCAUCCUUACGUGCCAAGUUGUUGGGAAGUCCCUCGAAGCUAUCUUGUCAGGAACACCAAAGAUUUACAUGCUCAUUCUCAGUCAUCUCUGGAUUGGGAAGAUUUUCUUCUUCUAUCAGGGCAAUUCCAACAGUUUGGCUUCAAUUGAUCUCAAUGCUGGCUAUGUGGGGCUCAGUUCAUUCAACAUGCCUAUCGUGGGGCUCUUUAUAACAAUAAAUACAUUCAGUGGUCCACUCCUGGCCCUUCUAGUCAUGCUCUAUCGUCUCCAGAGUGACCAGAGCAAUCGGAAGCAUCAAUCAAAGACAUUCCUACAAACAUGCUCCAUCUUCCUCAUCCUCCCACUGACUCUCUACAUGGCCAUCGCCACGGGAUUCCGGAAUCAUCUCUUCGUGUGGACUGUCUUCUCGCCAAAACUCCUCUAUGAAGCCUUUAAUUUUAGUCUCUUCCACGUGAUUCUCUCUCUUCUCGGCAUAACGUGGUGUCACUAAUCGUGAAGGCAUGUGGAGAAAGUUUCCACCACAUCCAAUGGGCUAAUAAUUACCUGGAGGAGGGACAAAAGUACAUAUACAAUUUUAUGCAAUUCCUCAUUUUAUUUGAAUGGCUCAGGUAAGAUUUUUGUAGGUAAUAAUAAUUUUAUUUGAAUGAGACUGUAUUGAGAAGAAUACAAAAUAAGAAUUAAGGGAAUUUAAUAAAAUAAUAUUACUUAAUUUAAAAAUAAAACAACGUAAUACUGCUGGCCA